AUGGCUGCCAUUUUCGUUAGCGCCGCCACUGCUGCCGCCCGCCGGAGGAUCGGUGUUGGUGGAGUGGUGAUGUGCGGCGGCCGCUGUGGCUCUCCCGCCUCCUCGGCCUCCGUCGUUUCGGCCUCCACUCCGGCAAGAUAUGUGUUUGAAGUCAUAUUGGAUAGUUGGAUGUUUUUUAUGGGUUUGGUUAUGGUUUUGUCAAAUUUUGACAUCUUGGUGGUUUUGGGAAGGAUCGGGAAAGAGCUCGAUUUGAGGCCGUACGUUCUGUUACUUGAAGGAGAGGCGCAGCUGCCUGAGAGGAUCAUGAGAAACAUUUGCAAUGAGUUGGAUAAGUUGAUUGAAAGAGGUGAGAUGAAGCAAUGCAAGAAUCUAAGGAGGCUGCUUAACAAAUCUGUGAGCUUCAAUGGGGUGAAAGAAUUUGACAGGUAUGAAGUUCCAAGCUUAUAUCUUCAAGAACCCAAGAACUGCUGGUCUCUGCCACUGGUGAGCUUGACAAGCAUUGCAGUCGCGCUUCCUAACAUACCCGCUCAUGAGGCUAAUAAGCUAGUGAGUGGUGUUGGUGAAGGCUUGUCCCUUGUCAAGCUUGUCGAUGGAACUCUUGAUAGAACCGGAGACAUGGAACACGUGAAGAAUGCAGCAGACGCGGUGUGGGUAGGUGUCGAACUCUACAGGAAAUGGCAGGAUAAGGAUCUGCAGAAUACAAAUAUGGGAGAUGAAACUUACAAAGAGACACUGCAAAAGCUAUCCAAUCUUGGAGAAAAGACAGUUAAAGAUUUCACAACUAGGAUUGAAGAUAUUAUGAUGGAGAACCCUCUGAAUUGGCCGAGCAAAGUCAUAGCUGCUAACUCGAUGUACAGAAUCACUCAAACCAUCUUGUUGGACAACAAAGACAACAUACAUCGAACGGAUAAAGUUCUCUUUGAGAAGCUGUGUGUGAUGAUCUCGGACAUACUGGCGGCCUGUCUCACCAACUUAGCUCAUGUCAUAAUCUUCAAGUGUCACAACGAUGCAACCAAAGACAGGCAAGAGAAUGUGAGACGAGCAGCUGUUCUUCUUGGCGAGAGUCGAGAGAUUCUUGAACUUCUGCAGCAGCAUCGUCUUCCAAGUUUGGAUCAUGAGAAAGCAGCUGAUAUUGAGGAAUGGAGGGCAUCAAUGGUGCACCUUCAGUAA